UCCAAUCGAGAGAACAGUCCAAGAGCUUGCUCGGGCUCGCCAUUCUCGACGUAUCCCAGCAUCAUAGAGUUCCACGAGACGAUGGAGCGAUGGAGCAUCACGUCGAAGAUCUGUCGAGCUUCCACCACGCUUCCACACUUGGAGUACAUGUCGAUCAAGCUGUUGGAGACGAAAGUGUCCGAGUCGCAGCCAUUCUUCCUGGCUUGCGAGUGGAUCAUCCGGCCUUUCUCCAGAGAUCCCAGUCUCACAAACUUCCCGUCCAUAACUUUCGGCUCUUCUCUCGAUGCCAAACUCGAGCAAGCCGUAAGAACAGCCACGAAAGUCCGCGAAUUCGGAGAGCUCGAUCCAUCUUCUCGCUCCAUGCUGUGGAAAAGAUCCAGCGCCGUGCUACCUUGGCCGUUUGCCGCGUAUCCCAGGAUCAAGGAAUUCCAAGAAACCACUGUACGAUGAUCCAUCGUGUCAAAGAUCUGGCGAGAGAGCUCCAUGCUCUCACACUUGGCGUACAUGUGGACAAGACUGUUCAUCACAUAGUUCGUGGCGUGGAAUCCAGCUUCGAUCGCAUCGCUGUGGAUUCUUUUGCCGCUGUCGAGAUCUCUGGUGCUGCCACAGGCCUUCAAUCCGGCCAGCAAGAGGAAGACGUCCGGUCGCUGCGAAUCCAGUCGAUUCUGCUGCCGCUCGAACGAGCAGCUGCGAUCCAGGAGGAGACAUUUCGCGGCGGAGAUCUUACAUUUUGGAGCUGGAGCGCGCAUUCCCCUGGAUUCAUCGCGUAUCGAUCCAUCGCAUUGGGAAGAACCCUAAAAAGAAUAGGGCGAGGGCGAGCGGAGGCUUCCAUCGCAAUGCCGGAGAUCCGGACGCAAGAAUGCCGGGCGCUGGCGAGCUCUGCGCUCUGCGGCACGCUGGGAAGAGCGCCGCGAUCCGCCGCGCGCUGCGGAUCUAGGAGAGCUUGUCUCCAAAUCAGGGCGGCUGUCAUGCAAUCCACACCAUUGCCGAUGCGUAGCAACGAGCUCAAGAACAGUACGCCCGUGGAAGAGAUGAAGAAGCUGAGGCUCAUCUCGGCUAUCAAGACUCCAUAUCUUCCAGAUGGAAGGUUUGAUCUGGAAGCUUACGAUUCACUGGUAAGAACCCAGGUCGAUCACGGUGUGGAGGGACUUAUCGUAGGGGGAACCACAGGAGAGGGUCAUCUCAUGAACUGGGACGAGCACAUCAUGCUCAUCGCCCACACGGUGAAUUGCUUUGGAGACAAGAUAAAAGUGAUUGGAAACACUGGCAGCAACUCCACUCGAGAGGCGAUCCACGCGACCGAGCAGGGAUUUGCGGCGGGCAUGCAUGCUGCGCUCCACAUCAAUCCUUACUACGGGAAGACGUCCAUGGAUGGGCUUUUGCUCCACUUCAAGAGCGUGCUCGCUAUGGGUCCGACUGUGAUCUAUAACGUUCCCGGAAGAACUGGCCAAGACAUUCCACCGUCGGUGAUCGAGAAGAUAGCGAGCAGUCCAAACUUCCUGGGUGUCAAGGAGUGUAUGGGAAACGAACGCGUGAAGCACUACACUGAGCAGGGGAUUGCGGUGUGGAGUGGAAACGACGAUCAGUGCCAUGACUCGAGGUGGGACUUCGGUGCUCGAGGUGUGAUUUCGGUGGUGAGCAACUUGGUUCCCAAGUUGAUGCACGAGCUCAUGUUCUCCGGGAAGAACCAGGAGCGCAACGAGAAGCUGAUGCCUUUGAUCAACUGGCUGUUCGUGGAGCCGAAUCCCAUCGGACUAAACACUGCCUUGUCGCAGCUCGGGCUCAUCCGGCCGGUCUUUCGGCUACCGUAUGCUCCUCUCAACGUUGAGAAGAGGCAAGAGUUCGUGAAGAUCGUCGAGGGCAUUGGACGCGAGAAUUUCCCUGGCUGCACGGAAGUCCGGCUGCUCAAGGACGAUGAUUUUCUUCUCGUGGAGAGGUACUGAAGGAGAGAAAUUCUCAGAGUUUCAGUGCUGUUGGUAAGCCAAGUUUGUUUCCUUCUUUCCUUUGGACUGCUAAUCUAAGCUUGUGGAGUUUCAUCAGGUUCUUAUGAAACUGGCA